GCCUCCCUUCCUCCGAGCGUCUUAAACACAGGCCUCAGGCCUACAGCUCUGGGGGUACUUAGGGGGGCGGGGGACUGGUCUGAUGAGUAACCCCUCCCCCCAGGCCCCAGAGGGAGAAGCCUCUACUUCUGUCUGUCGGCCCAAGAGUUCCAUGGCCUCCGCCUCCCGCCGCCAGCGCCGAGAGCGUCGCUUCCGUCGCUACCUGUCUGCAGGACGGCUGGUCCGGGCCCAGGCGCUCCUGCAGCGACACCCCGGCCUGGAUGUGGACGCGGGGCAGCCCCCACCUCUGCACCGGGCCUGUGCCCGCCACGAUGCCCCGGCCCUGUGCCUGCUGCUGCGCCUGGGGGCAGACCCUGCCCACCAGGACCGGCACGGGGACACGGCCCUGCACGCCGCCGCCCGCCAAGGCCCUGAUGCCUACACGGACUUCUUCCUGCCUCUGCUCAGCCGCUGCCCCUCGGCCAUGGGGAUAAAGAACAAGGAAGGGGAGACCCCGGGGCAGAUUCUGGGCUGGGGCCCGCCCUGGGAUUCUGCCGAAGAGGAGGAGGAAGACGAAGCCUCCAGGGAGCGGGAGUGGAGGCAGAAGCUGCAGGGAGAGCUGGAGGACGAGUGGCAGGAAGUCAUCGGCAGGUUUGAAGAUGAUGCCGCCCCAGAGGCCCCGGAGCCCGAGUCCUUCUCAGCCUGGUCGGAACGCCUGGCCCGGGAACAUGCCCAGAAACGCCAGCAGCAGCAGCAGCAGCAGCAGCAGCGCCGCGAAGCCGGGGGAGCCUGCCGCCCCCCGCGGGCCGAGGGCUCCAGUCACAGCUGGAGGCAGCAAGAGGAGGAGCAGCGGCUCUUCCGAGAGCGCGCCCGGGCCAAGGACGAAGAACUGCGUGAGAGCCGAGCCCGGAGAGCGCAAGCGCAGGAGGCCGCCGCCGCCGCCGGGGACCGAGGGUCCGAGCCCGCCAGGGCAGGGCCCAGGGCCGAGCAGCCCCGAGCCGCGGGGAGGGGUAGCCUCUGGCGCUUUGGCGACGUGCCCUGGCCCUGUCCUGGCGGGGGGGACCCGGAGGCAAUGGCUGCAGCCCUGGUGGCCAGGGGGCCCCCCUUGGAGGAGCACGGGGCUCUGAGGAGGUACCUAAGGGUCCAGCAGGUUCGCUGGCACCCCGAUCGCUUCCUGCAGCGAUUCCGAAGCCAGAUUGAGACCUGGGAGCUGGGCCGCGUGAUGGGUGCUGUGACAGCUCUUUCUCAGGCCCUGAAUCGCCACGCGGAGGCCCUCAAGUGACCCCAGAGAAAGAGCCAGAAACUGCAGGGAUGUGGCCGGAGGGGCAGGGCAGGAGGAGGAAUAUGGUCAGGUCGGGACUUGGGUCAUCGGAAGAGACAGCUAGCUGCACUCGCAGGAUAUGGAGGAUAUGGAAGACACGGGGUGGGGCCGAAACUGGCGAUGAGCGGGGGUGCCCCUCGGCUCUGCCAUUUCCUAAUAAGACCUGGUUCCACAUCUCGCUCCUGGCGUCUCCUCUUGACUUUUUCCAUCGCUGAGGUUUUCAUCACUCAUGACAUCUCCUUUUCCUCCUCGCUUGCUAAAACCCACAGCUCCUACACAGCUGUGACAUGCGCACACUCACACUCACAUGUGCCCUCGGCGGCAGGCAUGAGCCCCUUUCUGGCCCUCCCGCACCGUCAGCUAGCGGAAGACCCAGUGGCCCCCCCACCUGACUCGGCGCCCCUGUGCUCCUGUCUGCAGUGAGCAGCUGGAGAAAAUAAUGUGAACAGGGGCCAAAAAAAGGGAAGGAAAAACAGUUUCUCUCUCUCUCCUCCCCAGCCCGAACCACAUCCUCCUCCCUGUUUCACCCCCCCACUCAGGGCUUUCCCUUUGCUGAGUCACUGAAUGGCCGGGGCUGGGGGCAGCUGGAGCUGGAGGACCACGAGCAGGCUGUGGGAGGACCGGGAUAGAAGCAGAGUGGCGGGAGGAAGAGGCCUGUGGGGAGUGGAAUUUUGGUUGCUAAAAUUAGGAGCAGGGGACGGAGGAGGAAAGAGCCGAAUUAUGUAACCUGGGUUGUCUGUUCUUGGGCAACCAGGAUCCGCACCCAAGGUCCUCUCCCCUGCAGCUGCUCGGCCGCUCUGGGUCCCGGGGCUCCGCUCCCACUUCUGACCCUCCAAGGCCGGGCUCCACUGGGCAGCCAAGGCCCAGCACCCCAAAUGGGUGUCUCCUCUCCUGAGGCUGAGAAAAGGUCCUGAGAGGGAGAGGGUCUGGGGCCUCCCGCGGGGGAGGGCGCGGGAUGCCAUCCCCCCCCCCCAAUUAACCAAACUUAAGUUCUCACUCCAGCUCUCUGGAACUGGCAUAGGAAGUUACAGGCAAUACCAAAGCCCACUGUCAUCCUGGCGCACAGCGGGGAACUUGGUGACAAGAAAGGGCAGGGCCGAAAGGAGAAUCCAGGCAUGUGCCGGCGUGUGCUCAGUUGGCACAUGUCUACAUCAGAGAAUCUCACGCCUCAGAAACUUAGUUUGCAGAGUCGCAGCCCUUAUCUGCCGAGGAGAAACCCAGGGAUGGACACAGAAGACAGGAAGGAGAAGGCCCUGGAAAAGGAGCCUGGGGCAGGCGUGCCACCCUCAGAGAAGCCAGAGCAGGAGGUCCAUCUGGGCCUUCCCAGGCCCAGGCAGAUGUCCGGGGGCAGGAGGAGGAAGGGCUGGUGAGAAAGAUCUUGUGAGAGGAAGCUGCCGUGAUUCAGAGCCGAGGCUAAGUAAGGACUGUGAGCAACCCAGGCGUCCAGUUCCUCUCACAGGCUGGAGAUUUCGGAAGUGGCAUGCAAAGAGCCCGGGUUUGAGGCUGGGAGGAGCGGGGGGUUAGGGUCUCGGGCGGCGGGGGUGUUGAAAGGUAAGCAACAGAGAGCUCAGCCAGCAGGAGGUUUGAGUUUUUCUCGCUCGCUCAAGAGGCACGUCAUUUGGCUUCGGGAGUUAUAGAUCAAAGCAAAGCAAACGAAGCUCCCAUACCUGCCCCUGCUCCCCCAGACCUCCUCCUCCUCCACGUCCCUUCCUGGUGUCUGGCCCCCAGCCCUCGGGGGGGUUCCCCUGAGAUGAGGGCUGUUCACUUUCUCUGACCACAUAGUUUCCGCUUCUGUGUCUCUGUUUCAUAGGCUGAUAAAAAUAAUGAGCCCCAGAGGCCUUGGCUUCCUCUGCCCCCUUGGGACCAAGCGAUGGGCAUCCUGUCCAACACAGUGGGGGCAAGGUGGCGGCCUAGGGAUCCCCAAGGGCUGACUCAGUGCCUACCAUGAAACACCGGGAGGCGAGAGUCUACGUAUUUGCUCUUUAUUCCUGGAAUCAGAAUCUAUAGGCUACUUUGGGGUUUAGUUGGAGAAACAGGACCAGGAAUGAGACUAAUGAUAGAAAAAAGCUCCCUGGGGGGUUAGGGUCGGGAGGAUUUGGGGUACGUCUGGGAGGGGCUGAGGCAUAGUACAGCAGGUAGGGUGUUGGCCUUGCAUGCAGCUGACUAGGUUCAAUCCCUGACGCUCCAUGUGUUCCCCCAAGCCCAGCAGAAUUCUUUUCUUUUUCUUUUUUUUUUUUUAUUUUAGUGAGUCACCAUGAGAUACAGUUACAAACUUAUACAUUUUCAUGAUUACAUUUCAAUCAAACAGUGUUCAAGUACGCAUCCCUCUACCAGUGCCCUUUCUCUCCCACCAAUGUUCCCGGUGUCCCUCCCGCCACCCUCACUCCUUCCCUCCCCCUGACUCUGACAGACACAUUUCUCUCUCUCCUUUUGGGUGUUCUGGUUUGCAGGAUAGGCACUAAGCAGCCAUCAUGUUUGGUCCAUAGUCUACUUUCAGCACACAUCUACCAUCACGAGCAAUCCCUCCAAACAUCAUUCACUUAGUGGUCUCUUCUUCCUCCCACCUGCCUUUUCCUUCAGCACAUGAGAUCAGCUUCCAAGCCAUGGGGCGAUCCUCCUGGCCCUUAUCUCUACUAUCCUUAGGUGUUAUUCUCCUAAUAUGUUACCUUAUAAUCCACAAAUGGGUGCAGUCAUUCUGCAUCUGUCCCUCUCUUUCUGACUCAUUUCGCUUAGCAUGAUACUCUCCAUGUUGACCCACUUAUAUACAGAUUUCAUGGUUUCAUCUUUUCUAACAUCUGUGUAGUAUCCCAUUGUGUAGAUAUACCAAGCUUUCUUUCAUCAUCUGUUCUUGGGCACUUGGGUUUUUUCCAGAUUCUAAGCCGCCCAGAAUUGACCCCUGAGCACUGCUGGAUGUGGCCACAGAACAAAACAAAAAAAUGGUCUGGAAAGGACCAUUUCAUCACAGUACAACUAGACAUAUGGCCUAAAGAUAAACCAAACUCAGCUGAAUAUUUGCAGUCUACUAAGGAGGCAGGUCAUACUUAAUUUUGAUUGAAGUCAUGCCGAAUCCAGUACAGUGGAUACAGAAAAGGAGGAAGUAAAUUCCAGAGGGCAUUUGAGCUGACACUGAUGAAUGAGAGGAUUUCUGUGGGUAGAGAUGGAUGACAAGGCUCGGCAGAAAUGGCUUGAGCAGAAGUUGGGAGACAGAGUAUGUUAAGGAAAAGAGUGUGUUGAAUGUCUCAGAGUAGACAUCAGGUAUCAGUGUGUUAAAGAAGGGAACCAAAGAAUGCCAGAGUAAGGGAUUUGGAUUUUGUCCUGAGGAGAGUGGCACUGGUGACAGCUGAAGAGGAGGGACAGGAGAGUGCUCCAGGAAUACAGCAAAGGGAGGGGGAAAAGUCAUUUUUAUUUAUUUAUGUUUUUUGGAACACUUAAAAUGUACUAACCACCUUUUCCUGAUAUUGCUACUCUUUGCCAAUAACCGACCCAGAAGAUGGGUGGUGGAUGAGGGAACCAAGGCUCAUGAAUAGUCUAACUAGCUGAAGACCAGGCCUCAAAACUGGUCAAAUUAGCAUUAACCUCCCUCCCCCCACCCCAUCAUCUCCUUACUCCAACAAUGGACUUUCUGUUUAAGUCCCUUGUUCCAACUUGCAUUCAAGGAAGAAACACUGGGAGCCAGGGAGAUGGCUCAAAGGGCUGGAGCUCAUGGUUUACAGACAGGAGCCCUGGGUUUGAUCACUGGCACUGAAUGACCCCAAGCACUGCCGGGAGUAGCAGUGAGCCCAGCACUGAGCCCAGAGUAGUUCCAAAACUGGGACCAAAAAUAUUAUAUACAGAUAGGCCUAUCUAUAAAUAGUUUAUUAUUUUAGGAACAUAUCAACUUGGAAAGGUUAAGAGAACUGAUUGGAUCACGGAAGUGGGAUAAACAUCUUAAAUAACUCAAGUUUUGUGCCUGAACCAAGAGGGAGAUGUCUGUCCAAGAGGAAAGUUAAAGGAGCUCAAUUUUGGAUAUUGAUUUCCCGCUAUUUUUAAGCAUCUGAUAAGAUCAGGCACUCUGUUAGGCAAUGGUAUAAAUAAAAUCACUGCCCUCAGACCUUGGCAAAAUAUACAGGUGACAGCUCUACGUCAUAGCAGGCCCAUAUGCUUAUUGUAAUGAACAGAUCUGGGCUUGAGGUGCUCAAACUCAAGUGGAGAUUUCGAGCAAGCAGAUCUGGAGUUUGAGAGAGAAUUUUGGACUGAAAAGAUUUGGGUCUCAAUCUCUUCCCAAGCAAUCAAACCUCUGAUGGAAUGUGAUUGAAUUGGAGAGCCCCCAAGCAUGAUCCAAAGAAGGAGCCUAGUAAAGAGAGAUUGGUCGAGCAGUCAAAAUUAGGACCAGAUUCAACUCCAAGUCAUAUCUGAUACUUCAGAAAGGUCUGGCAGGAACCGAACGGUUACGAGAUUUUGAGAAAAUGAUUUCCACUUAGCAGAGGGGCAAGAAUCACUUUCCACAAGUUGAGGAAUGAGUGGGUGGUAAGGAAAAGGAGGCGGUGGCCGAAAAGCCCUAGAUGGCAAACCCAGAAGACAGCUACCACAAAGUUUACAAAUAAGGAAAAUUUUUUCAGUUCCUGAAAAAAGUGGUUAGUUAAGGAGGUUCAUCUCAAGAUCUCACACAAAGGAAAAGUUGAGCAAUGGAUUGGAUCUUUGAGGAAGGGAUUUUUUGAUAAAUAUACAUUUAUAUGUGUAAAUUUUAGAUAAAAAAUGUAGAUUUUUAGAUAAAUUAUAUGCAUUCAGAUAGCAUGAAUAUGUUUAUAAGUGAAGAGGAGAACUAAAAUCACUUAUUAGAGAGCAUGGGGAUUUCAGAGGUUGGUGGACAGGAUUAGGAGGCUUCUGGGGGUGAGAGGCUCCUGCAAUGUUUAGCAGCUCAGGAGAAAGACUCAGCAGAGACCACUGUACUUUCCCAAAUCAGGUUUUUCAGGUCAGUUAGGCAAGUAAUUCUGCAGCACUAGUGAAUGGGUCAGGGUGAUAGUCGAGAGGGUAGGGGGGUGCUUGCACAUGGCUGACCCAGGCCCAAUCCUCAGUGUCACAUAUGCUCCCCAAGCCCGCCAAGAGCGAUUUCUGAGUGCAGAACCAAGAGUAAGCCCUGAGCACCACCAGAAAGGGCUCCAAAAAAGAAAAAGUGGUAUUAAAAGCAGUUGAAAUUUUUUUACUAUACAGGUUAAGCCAAAUAGGCAAAAUCCUGGAAGCUUUGAUGAGAAUGAAGAAUUGAUGAGGGACGGAAAUGGUGUAUAUGAGAAAUGGGCGCUUACCAAUGAGGGAAAAGUCAGACCUGAGCGAUGCUGAGGCUUGAGGUACAGACUUCCUCCUGGUUAGCUAAAGCAGAGUAUGGAAAGAGCCUAGAACUGUUGGCAGUGAGAAGUCCAGGAGAUGUCUCGGCACUUGCUUGGCAAGUGGGAGGCUGCAAGUUCAAACCCUCCUGCUACCUGCUAAGAGAUGGGCCUGCCCAUCGCUAGCAAAGGCGAUGGGAGUGCAGAGAGAACUGCUGAGGUUGAGAGAGACUAUGAGACAUCUGAUCUGUGCGGUUUUUAAAUCACUAGAGAUAGUGGUAGGGGAUGAGAUAGAAAACCCAAGCCAGACAUGUUGACAGCAUGGCGGCAAUCGUGGAGAAGGCUUUUCUGGGAAGAUGGGAGAAAACGGCGGAUGCCAAAUGCUUCAAGAGAAGAUAGGAGCUAACAGUGCAGCAGGGAGAGGAGAGAACGGUGGCCUCUCCUCUGGGCCCUUCGGCUCGUGAUGGGAGAGGGGAAAAAAGAAUAGCUUUUGGUGCCAAUGAGCAAAAUGAGGGGCUGGAGCUAUAGUACAGCGGGUAGGGCGUUUGCCUUGCACGCAGCCGAACCGGGUUCAAUCCCUGGCAUCCCAUAUGGUCCCCCAAGCACCGCCAGGAGUAAUUCCUGAGUGCAGAGCCAGGAGUAACCCCUGAGUAUCGCUGGGUGUGACCCAAAAGGCAAAAAAAAAAAGAGAGAGAGAGAGAGCAAAAUGAAUUAAGUAUAUACAUGUGGGUGGUCUGGGCUUAAUUCCACACCACACACCUACUGCAUGGUCUCGCAAGCACCACCAGGAACAACAACUUAGCACUUAGCCAGAUGUAGCCCCCCCUAUGCACCACCAGGAGUGGCCCCAAAACAAAUGUAGCUUUCCCUGAAGCAUCAUUAGGGGAAAGCCAGGCUAGAGGAAGAUGCUUUUAAGAAGAUUUGAAUAUAUGAGUUGUUCGAUAGGAUAUUAUGAAAUGUUCGUACUCGUGUGUUUGUGGGGUAAGGACAGAUCCAGAGAGGUUAGAACCCCAUGAAAGUUCAGAAGACAAAGUUCAGAGGGUUUCACUUCUGGAAUUUGAGUGUAAAAACAGCAUUUAUUAUAGGGGAAGUGUCUUCAAGAACAUCUAGGAAAAGUACAAAAAAAUAUUUCUUCCUAUGGAUUUCAACUAUGGAAUUUUGGCUUGUUGUAUUUUAGAGGCUUCACCCAGCAGUGCUCAGGGGCUGCUCCUGUCUCUGCUCGGGGGCUGUGCUCAGGAGACAGUGCCGUGCUGGGGGCCAAACUUGGGCCUCCCACAUGCAAAGCUUGUGCUCAGGCUCACUGAGUUGUCUCUCCAACCCCUAAUCUAUGGGUUUAAAUGCUUUCUCCAUCUGGAUAACUUCAUGCCGUAUUUCUAGUUCUGACCUUGCUACUGAAAUCCAGACUCAUAUCAAGCUACCAGGUGGCAUCUCCACUUGGAGGCACAUCUAAUAAGACUUAGAAGUUUUGACUCUCCCAGACCAUCAGAAUCCUCUUCUCCCAGCCUCCCAUACCUGUCCAAUCCUUCACUGACACUGUCCUUUGUACCCCUGAAAUACAUUAACCUCCGUCUACUUCCCUCCAACUUUGUGGCUCCCAUCAUCUCUCCAGAAUUACUGCAAUCACUCCCUAAUUAAUAUUCUGGUUUCAGCCUUGCCCCCUCAAAACCAAUUUCAACACAGGAGCCACAAAAGUCUUUUCAAAACAAAUCCAGCUUUCCUUUACACAUAUGCAUGCACACAAGCACAAAUUCAUCCACUAACCUGGCCUUCACCUCUUCUUCCUCCCUUCCCCUGCCCCUGCUUCCCUGCCCCCUCUUUUCCCCAUCAUGGAUCUGCACACACAUGUACACACCCUGACACCUGCUCUAACUUCCAGGUUGAAUAAAGUCCAGUGUUUUUUCUGUUUUUUUUUUCUUUAUGGGUCACACCUGGCGAUGCACAGGGGUUACUCCUGGCUCUGCACUCAGGAAUCACCCCUGGCCGUGCUCAGAGGACCAUAUGGGAUGCUGGGAAUCAAAUCCGGGUCAGCCGCGUACAAGGCAAAUGCCCUACCCGCUGUACUAUUGCUCCAGCCCCUAAAGUCCAGUGUUUUACCCCACUCUGAGCUCCUUCCCCCACCCAUCCCCCUCUGGCGUCACUGGUCUUUCUAUUCCUCAACACCCCUGGCUCUGUACUUUCUCCCCUUUGCAGUAGCUAUUCCCAUUGCCUGGGAUGCUUCUCUCCCUAACCUCCAUCUGUUCACCAUUACUUGCCUUUCAGCUCUCAACUGAAUUGCCUCUCAAAGGAUUUUCCUGACCAUUGUGUUGGUUGUUUUUUUUUUUUUUUCCCAAGAUUUAGUGGUGACUGGUGCAAGGGUGAUUUGGGCCCUACCCAGAGGUGCUCAGGGUUUACUCCUGGUCCUUUACUUAGGGGUCCUUAGGGGCAGGGGUGAGGCCCUACAGUUCUCAGCUCCUGUACUAUCUCUCUGACCCUGUCCACUAUGUUUAAGCCAGUUUCCUGUCACUCUAGUUCUUUUUUUUUUUUUUUUUUGAUUUUUGGGUCACAGCAAUAUUUAGUGGUUACUCCUGGCUCUGCACUCAGGAAUUACUCUUGGCAGUGCUUGGGGGACCAUAUGGGAUGCUGGGGAUUGAACCCAGGUCGGCCGAGUGCAAGGCAAAUGCCCUCGCUGCUGUACUAUUGCUCUGGCCCCCUGCCACUCUAGAUCUUGAUAGAUCCGCUUACCGAUUUCUUCUUCAGUGUAUCUCUUCUGCCUUACCUCAGGAGAAUGUAAACACCAUGAUCAUCCGUACCUCAGCUGACUUGUUUGCCACCAUAUCCCUACUGCCCAGGACAGUGUCCUGUAUGUAGGAAACACUUGAUAAAGAUAUACUGUUGUUUUUUUAUAAGGGCCACACCUAGCAGUGAGCGAGGAUCAGGUGGGGGUUAAGGGUAGUGCAGGUAGAGGGGGAAAUGCGUAAAGAGGGAGGGGUUGGGUACCACUCCCAGUGAUUCUCAACCACAGUGCAGGCCAAGCAGCUCAAUGCUUGGCCUUAGUGGUGCUCGGGAGUCGUCAGAGGCCCUCUAGGGCCAAGGAUUGUACUCAGGGCCUCCCUCACACAUGCUAAGCAUGUUCUCUGCCACUUGCAUCAGUUCCCGGGGCCCUCACUAAGGAGCUACAAAGUGGAGGAUGGACGAAGAAGGGCAAAGUCCAGCAGGGGAAAGCAGAGCAGGGAAGGCAGAGCAGGGGAAGCUCCUCUUUGGUCCGUGACUCAGGUUGCGCUUCACAGGGCCAGUCAGAUAGAGACUUAGGAACGGACGAGCUGGUUUCAAGACGGGCUCUAGAAAUGGGUUGACGUUUCUUUGAGCUUCAUUUAUUGGGAUACGUUGAGACUCCAGGUGAGAGCCGAAUUCGAGUUGUGAUUUGGGCUGAGGUUAAAUGCGGGUGAGGGUUAAAGCUGGCAUUAAAUCUCGAGUCAGGUUUUGAGAAAUCUGACUUCAGUUCGAGUUUGAGUCUAAUGUCAUCUCAACCUCCUUGGGAGGCCUCAGAUUUCACUAUUUUCUCCACAGAGACCACUUUAGAGACUAUUCCUCUGAGCUUGGGGCAUAAGACUUCAUCAUCUCUCCCACCCGGGGAAAGCCCCAAACCAACUGCUGGCCUCCCCAAGAAAGAAACCAAAUUUCAUACAACCUCCGAAACUGAGAUUGAAACCAAGAUUGGCCCAUCUCAAGGAGCAUCCUUCAGCACAUGGCAGAUGCCCGUGUCAGAAAGCCUUGCCCUUCCUUCCUCUGUCUUUCAUGUCUCCUCUCGGAUCAUCCUCACUUUCUUCCCUUUUUUGUCCCUCAGUACCCCAGUCUUUCUCUAUGACUUAAGUUUCUCUUUCUGUUUCUCACCGUUAGUCGCAACACCAACUGAGAUCAUAUCUGAGAUCGCCCGAUCUGCUCUUACGAAAAGAGAAGCAGGGAGGUCAGCAGGAAGAAAGCAGGCAGAUAAAUAAGAAAAGGACCAGGGGCCAAGAGAGAAGCCAACCUUGGCACAAGAGGCAGUAUAUUAAAAGGAUGAAAUGCCAAGAAACUGACCAAAAUACUUAAAAGAAGCAUCUGUGACCCUCUCCCCCAUCAUUUCACCAACCCAGCUCGUAGGUUUUGCCUAGAUGUGCCUCCUUUCCAUACUGCCACUUCCUUGAUACAAAUGUACCUUCUCAUCUCCUUGCUGAGUUUUGCAAAAUAACUGAUCUCUGCACUUCUGUUUUCCCUGCCCAUACCCCAAUCCUUCUUAUAACUUCCAGAAUCCUCUAGAAUUAUUUUCCUAAUAUGCCAACUUGGGAGUGUUCCUCUCAAAUUUUUUCACUGACCCCCCAUCCUAAUGAAAAUGAAACCCAACCUUCUUUUCUUAAUUUGAAAUCCUUCCACCUGUCAAUUUAUUUCUCAAGCCUUAUCUCUACCCCUUAUAUUUGUGCUCAGCUGCAUAUUUCAGCACACUGCAUGCUUUUUGUGCUAUCGGUGACAGGGAUCAAAUCCAGGGUCUCCCACAUAUAAGGCAAGUAGCACUGAGCUACAUUCCUGGCCCUAUAUGUUUUUUUUUAAACUCUAAGUUAAAAAACCUACAGUUGACCCUACAGUUUGACCUACUGUUUCUUUGACCCUACAGUUUCCUCCAUCUAGAAUGUUCUUCAUCAUUGUAUUUGUCUUACUACUUAAUGCCCAAAUCACCUCUUCUCCAGGCCAAGUAUAAUGGUUUUUCAGUGGGCUUCCAUAAACCCACUUUCUCAGCAAGAAUCACAUUUGCAUAUUAUCUAAUAACUAACCUGUCUGCCACCCUGUCUUCCAGCUUUCAGAGGUCAAGGACUAGCUUUAUCAUCUGUAUCCUCAAUGCCUUAUAUAAGAUGCCCUAUAGAGAACAGAGAAAAAUAAAGAAAUGAGAGCAAGGGGCUGGAGCGACAGCACAGUGGGUAGGGCAUUUGCCUUGGAGGAGGCCAACCCAGGUUUGAUUUCCAGCAUCCUAUAUGGUCCCCUGAGCACUGCCAGGAGUAAUUCCUGAGUGCAGAGCCAGGAGUAACCCCUGUGCAUCGCUGGGUGUGACUCAAAAAGCAAAAAAAAUGAAAGAAAGAAAGAAAGAAAGAAAGAAAGAAAGAAAGAAAGAAAGAAAGAAAGAAAGAAAGAAAGAAAGAAAGAAAGAAAGAAAGAAAGAAAGAAAGAAAAGAAAGAAAGAAAGAAAGAAAGAAAGAAAGAAAGAAAGAAAGAAAGAAAGAAAGAAAGGAAGAAAGAAAGAAAGAAAGAAAGAAGAGAGCAAAACAGAAAGAAAUUCAUCUUUAGAAAUAUAGCUUUUUUUUAAUAUAUGCUAGGAAUCUAACCUAGGGCCUCACAGCAAGACAAGUGCUCUUCCACCCACUCACAACCCUGGCCCCACGCUGCCUUUUUAAACUGCAACUUAUAAGACAAGUGAAAGCUGGUUGAUAUUUUUAAAAUGCUUAUGCCAGUGUUUUCUGUAUUAACCAAAAACUAGAAGCAAACCAAAUGCCCAUUAACAGAGGGGAAAAAUAAAUUAUACUCUAUUCACAUAAUAUAAAAUUACAUGACAAUUAAGAAAUGCUAACUGACCCAGGCAAACACAUGGAUGAAUCUCAUGAGCAUAAGGUUGAGUGAAAGAAAUCAGUACAAAUUAAUACACUGUGAGUAAUUUCCUUUAUUUAGUUUUUUGUUUUGGGGGGUUGGGACCACACCCAAUGGUGCUUAUGGAAUACUCACAGCUCAUUGCUUGGAGGUCACUCCCGUUGGUGCUUGGGGAGUCGCGCAGUGCUGGAGCAAGCCCAGAUUUCCUGCAUGCAAAGCCUGAACUGCCUCAUCUAUCUCUUGGCCUGUGUAAUUUCAUUUAAAUGAAGUUCAAAAGAAGAACUUAAAUUGUGGUGAUAGAGAUCAGAAAGUGGCUGGCUAUCUUUGGAGGGUAUCAGCUGGGACGGGGCAUAAGGGAAACUUCUGGGAACCUGAAAACAUGUUGAAUUGGGCAAUGGCUACAUAGUUAGCUACAGACAAAAAAGUAUAUCCAGCUGUAAACUUAAGAGAUAUGCACCUCUCUGUACCUAAGCUUACAUAUCAAUAAAAGAUGAAAAUUCUUGA